GGCUCUUGGCAACAGCCAACCCUGAAACGCAUACAGAGAAAUGGUGUUGGAGAAGGAAGACGAUGGGCAAGAAAUGGCUCGUCUAGAUGAAGGCAGUCUGGUACCAGCCCUUGCCAUUGAAAUGCCAAACGAGAAAGUUGGACAGACCAGUUCUAAGAAAGGUGGCGGAUGGGUAACAGCCCCUUUUAUUCUGGGAAGUUCAUUGGCUUCUUCGAUUGCCUCUUAUGGAGUAACCAUAGACCUAUUGCAGUUCCUUGUUCGCCGGUUCAACAUCAGCAACAUUCGCGCAUCGCAGAUCACCAAUAUAAUCAACUCUGUCACGUACCUGGCUCCGGUCGCCGGCGCCGUCCUCUGUGAUUCCUACCUGGGCUGCUUCUUAACCAUUUCCGUCUUCACGUUCAUCUCCUUUUUGGGGACUUCGAUGUUAGCAGUAGCAGCAUGGCUUCCAUCCAUGGCACCACCUUCAUGCGACGGCCAACUGGGCUCUUGCAAACCCUCCUCGCCAACCCAGUUUGCCUUCCUAUGCUUGGCCUUCAGCGUCACCACCCUAGGUGGAGCAGGGACAUGGUUCACCUACGUAACGAUGGGUGCGAACCAGUUUGACAGGAAGAAAGAGCAGGAAAGGUUUGUUAGCUACUAUUUCAUUACGACCACAGUCUCGACGCUCGUUCCGUCGACGGUGAUCGUUUAUGUCAUGGACAACGUAGGAUGGAACUGGGGUUAUGGACUGUGUGCGGUGCUGAGCGCCAUUAGUCUGGCCCUAUUUCUUCCAGCCAAGUGGUUCUGCAGGGACGCGAGACCGGAAGGCAGUCCUUUCAUCAACUUGGCUCGCGUUGUGGUCAGUGCGGCUCGGAAAAUCAAGUUCAGAUUGUCAGUGAAGAAAGAGGACUACUGUCAUGGCAGUGGCAAGCAUUCAGACUUGACUGACAGCUUCAGUUUCGUCAACAAGGCUGCUCUCAUCACGGGAGGUGACACCCACUUGGACGGCUCUAUAGCGAAGCGGUGGAGACUAUGCACCAUCCAAGAAGUGGAAGACCUCAAGACUCUGAUCCGGCUGUUCCCUCUAUGGUCCACCGGAAUCUACCUCAACAUCGCCAAUGCCGUUCAGACCAAUCUCACCAUUCUGCAAUCUCUCGCCAUGGACCGCAGUCUGGGCCCAAGCUUCAAGGUUCCGGCAGCUUCCUUCCAAGUCUUCUCCUACAUCAGCAUGGGCAUCUGCCUACCACUCAUCGACAGAUUCUUUUAUCCGUUCUCCAGGAUGUUGGUUCGACGGCCGCUCACGCUUCUUCACAGGAUUGGCGUGGGACAUGUGCUCGUCAUCGUUGGCUUGGCUGCCAUGGCCUGUGUUGAGGCAAGAAGGCUUCAGGUAAUGCACCAACGUGGCCUUGCCGUCGCUGGCGACCACCUUGAUGCCGUUGUUCCAAUGUCAGCCCUAUGGUUGGUUUUGCCGCUGGCGAUCCUCGGAGCAGGCUCGGCUUUCUAUCUUCCUGACCAAGUGAACCUGUACUACCAAGAAUUUCCGGCUUCCCUCAAGAACGUCGGCACGUCAGUGUGCUUGUUGGCUGUUGGGAUCGGAUAUUAUUUGAGUACGACUGUUGUUCGUGCAGUGCAGAAGGUUACGCCAUGGCUGACUGAUGAUAUCAACAGUGGACGUGUAGACAACGUCUACUGGAUACUAGCGGGGUUGGAAGGGCUCAAUUUCCUGUACUACGUCUUAUGUGCUAAGCUUUACAAAUUGCAGAGCAGUGGCUAGCUUAAGUUAUGUGGUGUAUGUCAAGCAGCUUCCGCUAGCAGCAUGUAACACGAAAAUAAAGGAUAGUAAUCUA